AAGGCGACGUGUGGCUGUCUGCUGCUGCGGAGAUCAGCUGCGAGGAGCUUUUUCUCAAAAAUGCUCCCCAAACUUCAGGGCCUGGAUGAACCGGCAGGACCCGCCGCCCUCCGCUCGGUCAGAGGCCGGACUGUAACGGGCUCAGGUGUCAACUGAAAACGAUGCAGUCUGUGCCCAUGGAGGUGGGAAGCAGCAGCGGCAGCGGCUCAGUGGUUCAGGUUUGCUUCCCCGGCGCUCAGACCUCGGUGCUGGACAGCCUGAACCGGCAGAGAGAGGACGGCAGCCUCUGCGACCUCUCCAUCCAUGUCCAGGGACAAGUGUUCAAGGCCCACCGCUGCGUCCUGGCUGCGUCCUCGCCUUACUUCCACGACCAGGUACUACUGAAGAACAUGUCCACGGUCUCCAUCCCGGCAGUGAUGGACCCGCUGGCGUUUGAGAGCGUGCUGAGCUGCGCCUACACGGGUCAGCUCCGGAUGCUGCGUGAUGACAUCGUCAACUACCUCACAGUGGGCAGCGUCCUGCAGAUGUGGCACAUUGUGGACAAAUGCACGGAGCUACUGAAGGAGGGCCGAGCCGCGGCGGCAGGAGGGAGCGGCGGAGGUGGAGGCGGUGCUGUGCAGGAUGGAAUAAGUGGAGCUGGAGGAUCAGCCAACUCUGGCUGUAGCAGCAGCAAUGGUGACGGUGGAGCAGGUGGUGGUAAUGGAGCUGCUGGUGCUGGAAGUGUUGGUCAAGUCCAGGUUGGGGAGUCUAACGAGCCCCCGCGAGCCUCCCAGCCUCCCAGCCGCCCGUCGGUGAGCGAGAGCCAAUCACCCAGCAGCACCAACUACUUCAGCCCAAGGGAUGGGAGCAGCUUUGGGGGAGGUGGCGCGGCUGCAACGGGAGCUUCUGGGGAUGGAGGCGGGGCUAACAACACCCCCAGCUACUGCACUCCAUCAGGAGGCGAAGAAGCCUUCCUUAUUGAGGAGGAAGAGGAAGCUGAGGAGGAAGAGGAAGCUGAGGAGGAAGAGGAGGAGGUGCUGUACCAUCAAAGGAAACGAGGAAGCACAGGAGGAGGAGGCAGCGGGAGGAGGAAGAAGAUGAGCUCAGUGUCAGAGCAGGAGGUCGGGGUCAGCGACAGCUUUGGGGUUUCAUCCUAUCAGGACGGAGAGGACUCUGCGUUGCCGCUGCAGAAGCGUCCCACCUACAGCCAGCCCAGCAUCAUGCCUCGCAAGCAGUGGGUGGUGGUGAAAACCGAACGGACAGAGGACGACGACCUGAUCGUGGUCUCCGGGGAGGAAGGAGGAGAAGACGAGGAGGACGAGGAUGAGAGGGAGAUGGAGCUGGCACGAGAGCGGGAAAGGAGCAACUUCAACAUCUCAAACGUCAGGAGCCUUUCAGGCGAGCUCGGGGGCAGAGCGGAGAACGAUAUGGAGUCACAGGUCGACUACUGCCAGUCUUCAGAGGACUACCUCAAGUUUGAAGGAAGUCUCAUGGACCAAACUUUAGCGCAACAUCUUCACGACAGCGCUGCAGAUGAUGCUGCUGGCACCAGUUUGAAGCCCAGCCUGAGGAUUCAGCUCCGAGAAAACAAAGAGCCACGUGUAGCAAAUAGACUGUACGUAGAAGAUGGACACAGCCACCAUGACAUGUUCUAGCUACUCAAACUACUGACUAUUGUACACACCAUAAGUGAGGAAACCGUAUAUAUAUAAAUAGGCACAGAUUUCUGCUAUUUAGACUCAUAACAGACUAAUAAUUUAAGAUACGAUAAAUUAUUUAAUUCUCUGAUACUUUUAUUAAAAAUGCUUCAUAAACACAGUUCACUCAGACGCUGUGAGGCCUGUAAGCUACAGUCAGUACCGUCAGUUUAGGGAGAAACAUCCUAACUUUGGGACUUUGUAAAAUCUAAUGAAGGGAGUUAUAUGGAGUACAAUUGAUAUGAAGGGGGAAAUAUUAAUAGAAGGCAAGAUAACUUUGUACCAGGCUUUAAACAGCUGGUUGGAGGCCUCGGGGCAGAACCAGAGGAGCUUGAGGAGGUGACUGAACUCAGAAAAUGGGUGGAUGGCCUUGACAUGUUUAUUCCAUCUCUGAAAUAACCUGCAUUUCAUGCCCGGGCUUUUCCGUUUGGUAUAAAUGAUAAUAAAUAAUAAACUCUUGCAUGGUCUGCAGAUCACUGGGCUCAGAGUGUAAAACACCUGCUGGCCUCAAACUGAAGCUCAGCAAACAUCAGCAAAUACACUACAAAAUAAAAGCUUUGAAACAUCCAGCACAAACCACAGUUACACCGUUAAAGUUGAAGUCUGUAGCAACAAAAUGCAAACUGGACUUUAAACCUACGUUGGAUUUACACGUGGUUCUUUAUUGCAGCUGAAGCUUCAGCCGCGCCGUCACAAAGGGAAGCCCGUUGAUCUCAGUCAUGCAUGAAGGGAGGAAUAUUUCUUUAGGCUGACGUGUACAGCUCGAGCCUGACUCAGCAGUGACCUUCAAACAUGUUCGCGUGUAGAAGUUCAAAAGUCGAAGCUAAAUUUAUUUCAGCUCUACACAAACACAAACACUACCUGUAACUGAUCACUUCCCCUCUGGAGCUUUUACAGCUGGAGGCGACUAACUUACUGUUUUGCUGCUGCUUUCACUUUAUUACUUUGUUGUUUGCAGAGUUUUUUGGCUUUGAGGAGUAUAAAAUAUUCUUAUUGCUGUAAAUAUAUAGAAAUAUACGUCAUCUACUCAUCAGGCCGGGAGCGACGUUUAGAUGCAGAUGCUGUUUGAUCUGAUUUUUCAGAGGAGGAAGUCUGUGAGAGUUUCUCUACCCUCCUACCCUGCAGCCAUCUGUUCAGUAAUGUUUAGUUCACUGAGGUCUUAUCUAAGCUACACAGUGUACCUCCUCUGAGCGUCUCACAGCACAUUUAGAUAAAGUUAUGGAGGCGGGUGAAGACUGAACCUCAUCUUCAGCAGCUGUUCUGCACACUGAGAGUCAAAUAUCCUUAAUUCUGUUUGUUAUGAAGAGAGAUUUCUGUCUUUAAUUAUAUUUUUAUUAUUAUUAUCACACUUUUUCUGCCUUUUUAAAAUUUCUUUAAAGGUUCUUUGAGGAAAAUGUGUUCCAGAAGUGUGUAAAUGAAGGUUUUAGUAGACGGCGAUAUACAAGUGCAUCUCAAAAAAUUCGAAUAUUAUUAAAAAGUUUAUUUUUUCAUAAUUCAAAUGGGGAAAAUCUUCACAUAUUCUGUAUUCAUUACAUGUAAUGUUUCAUGCCUUUAUGGAAGCAUAUUACCAGGAAGCUGGCUGAAUGAAAAAAACUGAAAAUCUGGAGAAGCAACAGAGAUGAGCACGGCUUUGAGAGGAUUGCUGAGAAAAGUCAAUUGAAGAACCUGAAAGAGGCUCCAGGUGGAGACGUCAUCAGGAAAGAGGCUCCAGGAAUGAGAAGCUCCCACUAUUGAACCCGAGACAACAGAAGUGUGCUUCCCAGGAUCAGGAGAAAAGACCAAGGCUGUCGUUCAGAUUAAAGUAAAUUUUACAUUUUAUUUGGAAAUGACGGAAGCAGAGUGAAGAGAUGCACAGAGUCCAAGCUGUUUAAUGUUUCUGCAGUCUGUGAUGUCAUCUGUCAUCUACACAGCCGUCAGCUUCCAUCUGAUGAAGAGCUUCAUGGAGACGUCGGUUUUCUUUUCAAGCCAAAUGGUUUGAUGACCAUGUUGUUCUCUGAUUGGUCCUCGAGCUCACCUGACGAGAAACACUCGACCAGACGAGCUGAAGAGCGCCAGCAAAGCAGCCUGAACUUUAAUAAUAAUCAUCACAGUUUGAAAACACGCUUCCAAUAUUUCACUUUAUGUGUAAUGAAUAUGAACAUGGAAUAUAUGAAAAUUUGAUAGUCGUGAUAUUCAAAUGUUCUGAGAUGCACAAUUAUAAAACAUAAUUUAAUAAUUUUUAUGACAGGGCUUUUU